AUGGUUACGACACGCGGCCAACACGCCAGGCGCGCCCAGGGAAUCAAGGGCCCAGCUUCGCUCGUGGGCAAGAUAAAGGCGAGAGCUGCGAAGCCACCUGUCCCUCUACAACAAAACAUACCUGCUGCGGUCCAGAAGCACAUAGCCCAGCUCAAACAUGGAGGAUCGAAGCAGGCGGCCAGGGCAAGAGGCAAGAGGCUACAAGUACGCAUCCUAGGUGCCAAUCGUGUGUUCAGCGGCAGUGUCUACAUCCCCGAUUAUUCAGCGGCACGCGAACCCGACUCGACCCGCCUGCUGGAUGUUGCGGCGUCAAUGCAAGCUGGACACACGAUUGUGUACUGGUGUGAUGGAAGCGCAGCCCAGGGGUUCCUCGGCGCCGGAGUUGCUUGGACUGACAGCGACAAAGAAAUGUCAGAGGAGUAUGAGUUAGGCUACAACACAGGAUCAUCGCAGGAUGCCGAACUCUUUGCUAUCGCUGCAGCCCUGGGACAAGCGAAAUUGGAGGUACAACGAGGCCGAGACGUGCAGCUCGUACGGAUCUACACAGAUGCGCAGAUGGUUCUGAAGGCGCUUAACGACGGCACAAGGUGUCCUUUGGGCCCUUUGGUAUCCGCAGAGACUGCCCUGGAAGGAUUGUACGAGCGCACAGACUUUCUGACGAAUGCAGGCAUUGAGGUGGAAUUGCUCUGGGUCAAAGGGCACUCAAACAGCCGUGGUAACUGCCUCGCAGACGAAGUUGCCGACAGAGCCGUCAAAUCGCAAAUCAGACGCCGAGGUCAUACCACCUGGAAACCUGAACUCACUUCAGAUGCGGAUGUCCCUGACAAUUUCAAGCAGAUGGGUCAAGACUGGGCCGAUGAAUGGUUAUACCGCGCCAAUCCUCAUCAGGGCUGGAAGCGCAAGCGUACCAUGUGCACUUGGAUGUUGGAACUCAGCGAUAAAGAUGAACCAACAGCACCAAGAGCAUCACCAGAACUUCAGGUAUCUGGUGAGGAUUCUGCCGGUGACCCGGGCGGCUUCAUGAUCCCCGAAACCAACCACCAAAGCAGCCUUAUCCUUGACGAGCUGAUCUUCAAUCUACGCAAUCAAUGGAGCACUAUCGAUGCUCAGAUCGAGAAGCUCGAAAUCCUGAUCGCCAGGAAUGGAGGAAGAGGUAAGUUUCUCCAAAACAAGCGGCAGGGUUUCGUCGAUGAAGCGCGGCCGCUAUAUGAGCAGCGUGCUCACAUCCAAGACGAAAUCGAUACUGCGAGGCAUACUAAGUUGGCAAGACAGAACUAUGUCGAGGACCAGGUCGGGAUGGCUGCUGAUGAAGAAUAUGACGAGAUUGAGCAAGGCGACGAUGAGGGAUUGGAUGGAGAAGAGCAGGGGAUUGGGCAUUCGUUGCUGGAAGAGCUCAACGAUUCGCUAUUGGCAGGCGACGGGAUCGAGAGCACAGAUGACGAGGUUGAGGUUGACACGGAUGAUGAACUCGAGAGGCAGUUCCAAGACGACAUUGCGCUCGCGCAGCGACACAAAUAA